AUGGCCGACUGUCCUGGAGUAAGCUCAGAUCAAGGGGAACUUUGUCCAGACAGGGUCGAUUCUGCCAUACUUUUGGACCAAAGCUCUCAUGGAUCUAUUGAUGAUGGAAAAUGUGACUCCCCAUUGAAUGUAGCUGAGGAGUGUAUUCAGUCAUUUUUACAUCAAGGAGUUUUUAAUACCCUGGACGUUAACACACCAGAACAAGAUCCAUUAAUAUCGGCUAAUWAUACCAAUCCUACUAGUCUACCUACAUCUGAUAYUGAACAUCAAAACAAAACCUGUGUYGCUGAAGAGACAAUUAACUCACUUCUUGAGAUGAAUAAUAUUAUCCCUGAUACAAGUGAUGAUCGAUUGAGUAUAACUGCUGAUGAUGAAACAGGUGAUCAGUCACAGUGUAAGAAUAUUGACGUUGAGCUAGAAGCUCCUUGUUCUCUUGUGWCAGCCAUAGAAAACAGUAUGCAGAAUAAAUGUCUCAGUGUUGAGAAUGCUGACGAUAGGUUAAGUAUUACCUAUGAUGAGGGCGCUKAUCAAGCUGAUGUAAAAGGUUCAGAACCAAAUAGUUCUGMUGUUGUCGUAGAAGGCUCUGAUUCUAAACCUGAAAAUACGUCAAAUAACUUGAGUCAAUCUGAGGUCAAGAAUGAAAAUACAGAUGGAGCAACUUCUGAUAAAAAGAAAAAGAAACAUAAACACCACAAGAAACACUCCAAAAAGAAAAAGAAAAAACAUAAAAAAGAAAAGAAAAAGAAAGAAAAGGAAUUGAAGUCAAGUGAAGUUGGCAAGUCAGAUGAACCGUCCAAAGCUCAACAAUCUUCCUCUGACGAGUCAGAUGACCAGAGACAACAUAAAGCUCCGAUUCAUCUAUCAUCCGUAGUAGUACAACCAAGUAAACACCUUAAUGAUGGUAGUAAGAGUUCUACUGGAGUCUCUSGAGUUUCUUUCCAUGGAAGAAAAAAGARCAAAAGUGACGAURCUGUUAARGGGAAAGACGAUGCCAUUAGUGCUGCUGCSGCUUCUGCCAUUCCUGUCGAGGAAGAAGAAGACUAUGACGACGACUGGCUGACAUACAGAAGCGAGGCUAAAGCUGCUCAAAUGAAAAAACCGACUAAGAGAAACAGUCAUUCACCCGAAGAAAAGAAAGAAACAGAUUAUGACUCAAGACAUAAACACAUUACCAGCAAAGAGAGAAAGAAAAGCGACGGUUCAUUCGAUCCUCACAGUGAAAGAAAGAUAGAAAAACAACAUGAAAGRARAAGAAGCGAUUCAAUGGAGAUGAAAACAAUCAGGCGAGAUYCACGCGAAGAAAGGUACAAACAUCWUCAUCAUAAUGAAAUAAGAAGGAGCAUUUCAAUUGACAUGGGAGUAAAAGAAACAUCGAGGAGAAAAAGUGGAGAUAGAAGGGACUCGCACGAAGAAAGGGAGACAAAAAGGGAACAGARCCAAAUAACUUCAGCUGACAUAAAAGAUAAAGAAAUAGAGAGGAGAAAAAGUAGGGACAGAAGGGAUUCGCAUAAAGAACACAAAGACAACAGAAGAGAACUGAUUUCUUUACGUGACGAAGAACAAGAAGCACCCGGAAGAUGCGAUAGUUCAGUUGAGAGAAGAGACAGAGAGGACAGAAGAAAGAGUUUAAAUAGAAACGAUUCAUUUGAAGAAAAACAAAAAGACUUGAAAAUCAAGAAUAGUACUUCAASCGAAAUGAAAGAUCAAGAAAGAAGUAGUGCAAGUAGGAGAGAUUCACUCGAAGGAAAAUCAAAAGAGGAUGAAACAUCAAAGACUAAUGCAGUUGAGACUACAGACGAAGGAAAGAAGAGAAUAAGUAUCACUGGAAAUGAAUCACUUGAAGAAAACGAAUUGAAAACCAAACUGAGUACUUCGGUCGAGAAAAGAGAAAAGUGGAAAAGGCGACGUAUUAUUAGAAUAGUGCCGCGUGAAUUAAAGGAUAAACAAACAGAACUAAAGRARGUUACUUCAGCUGACUCGAGAAAUAAAGAGAAAGAGCAAGAAAUUGAAAAAACUAUCAAUAGAAGAGACUCACWUGAAAAGGAAAAGAAAGUUGAAAUUAGUAAAAUUAGUUUAGAUGAGGUGAGCAARAUGGAAGWGCAACAAAGAAGAAGAGAUGGCGGUAAAAAAGACCUGUUUCAUGAAAAGGAGAACGACGAAGCUGACAGCAGUCCUUCACACGGGGCGGGAAGCAAAAAGGAUAAACAAGAAAGCCUACCAAGUAUUCGUAGAAAGAACUCACACGAAAUAGAGGAGAAUGAAGUCGAUGUAAAGAGAAGUACUUCAGUAGAGGCUGAACACAAAAAGGAAGAACGAGAACAAAGAAAAAGGAUGAGUAGAAAGGAMUCACAUGAGGGAAAAGGAAAAGAAGAUGAAGCAACAGUUGAUAUGAAAAACAAAGAAGAGAAACGGGGAAGAAGAAAAAGUAUCAGUAGAAAAGACUCACGCGAAGAACAGGAGAUGGAAAAAGCUGAAUCAAACCAGGGCAUUUCGAUUACUGAAAUGAAAAAAGAAAAGUGGAAAGCUUUUGGCAGCAGUGGCCAGCCUGAAAAAGGAAAUGAUAAAGUCAAAACAGCAGACAGGAAACAAACUAAGUCAAUCGACAUGUUUGACCCUGAAGACGAAAGGAAGAGUAUAAGCUUAAUUGAUUUACACGAACAAAGAAAAKUAGGAAAAGAACAUAAAAUGAAAGAAGCAAGUGACACAGGCGAAGAGAAAAGCAAACGAAAAGAAGAGCAGAAAAUGGACAAGGAAGUGGAUUUGAGGAAAAAGUCCAGAUCUCCCAGUGAAAAAGAUAKCAGCAAAACUGGUAGACAAAACCAAAGGUCAAGCAGAAGUAGCAGUAAGUCAGUACAUGGGCACAGUUCCAGAUCUCCAUCACAAACCACUGCAAGACCCCAGUCUCGCUCUAAGACCUCUAAAGAUAUUGUAUCAAGCUCUGGUUCUUCUUCAGACGAUAGCCCAAGACGAAAAGAGCGCAGCAAAACACCAAAAAGAACAGAGAAAAAGAAACACAAGAAACGUAGAUCGCGAAGCAAAACUCCUACAAAGAAAAGAAAACAUAAAUCACGCAGUCCGUCGCCUAAGAGACAUGAAGUCAUCUCGAAAGUGACACCGCGACGGUAUAGAUCAAAAAGCGRCAGUCCAAAGGAUGUUAGAAAACACAGGAAAAGGUCUCGAAGUAGAAGUCCUACCAAGCGAAAGAUACGAGUACCUCAGAGUUUUCUUAGACUGACAUCCUAUAGCUUGUCUUCUUCCUCCAGCAGCUCACGCAGCCCAUCUCCAGUAGUUGAAAAAACAUCAAAAAGAAAGCAUAGCAAUAAGAGAUCUCCUGYACUAAAGGGUAAGACGUCCUCAAGAAGCCGAUCUCGCAGCAACACAUCRCCAAUCAAAGAAAAGUACUCAAGACGAAARUCAAGCGACAAAAGGUCACCCUCAAGAAAGACCAACAAAUUCUCGUCUAUUUCAAGAGGUCGGUCGCGCAGUACUUCUCCAUUUCAGGACAAGACUUUAAUAAAUACAUCUAGUGACAAAAAAUCCCCGAGAAAAAGAAGGUAUUCUAAAACGUUAUCCAGAAGUCGUUCUCGUAGUUCGUCUCCAAAAGAUAAAAGGAUCAGAAAGAAGUCAACGGACAAAUCCUCAAAACGAAAAAAUCGAAAAUUAUCAACUGCGAAUGAUGACCAAACAGGAAAAAGUGUGUCGCCAUCAACGAAGAAAACUCAGCAAAAGGACGUUCRAAGUAUGUCGUCGGAUACAAUUUUAUCCUCUGGCACUCAGAARAAUUCAUUAGACAAGGAACAGGUUAUCCAACAGUCUGCUAAUGCUUUCUCUUCCGUUGUUGAAGACGGCCGAACAAAGGAAAUGUGUGCGGUGCCCAAUACCUCUCCUUUAAAACCCACCACAGGAACACCAAGUAAAAACGCGUUGACUUCCGAAGAACACUUCAAACAGAAUCUUGAAGGUCUACCAAAAGACAAUAAAAGUAGUACAACUAAAAAAYGUUCACUUUCUCCUAAAACUAUUUCACCAAAAAMGCGUUCUAGCGAAUACUUAGAUAUGAUAUCAGACGAUACUUUGGUUGAUGAAUCGAAGACUGAUUCUAACGCAAUUUUUUUGAAMCCUGAAGAGAAGGUACCUGAACUUUCCGCGGGGAACAUUAAGAAAGAURUGCAACAARAACAUAACGAGACCUCUGUUAAAGAUGUYAUGGCAGUUGAUGCAGUGCCUUUAAACAGUGAAGCAACAGUAACAAGGAACAUCACUCAAGCUCCUGGUUUUAAAGAGGAAAAGUCAACGAACUCAUUGAAAAUACAACCAACCAAAGAUAUUGAUAUUAUCAAAGACUAUAAUACGUGCAACAGUACCUCUUUAAAUAUCACGAGUGGUGUUACUGUAACUCCACAAUCUUUAACUAAAGAAACUGUUGUUGAUAAUAAUGAUAAUAUGGCUAAACGAGAUAGUCAAACCAUUUUACCAAAGAGAGUCAUGCGAAAGGAUAUUCCAGUCAUCAAGGAUAUAUCAGGGUGGAUUUCAAAGGGCACAUUGGGUUCCGUUGUUAAGGACUUACCUGACUCUGUUUCUAAGGACAAACCGAUAUUGGUUGCCAAGGACAAAAUGAGCACUGUUUYCAAAGAAAUUAUAGGCUCGGUAGCCAAGUCUCCAGUUAAGAAAGAGAUUCAGGCACCCGUUUCCAAGGACACGCAGCCCCUUGUUGSCAAGGAGUCGCAAACCCCCACUACCAAGGAUAAACUAGCACCAAUUGAGAAGGAGAAACCUGUUACUGAGGUUUCAAGAGAUUCAAAGACUCUAAGAGUUUCACAAAUUGAACAAACUAUGCCUCAACAAACUAGUCAAACGGUUGACUCAAAUUAUGACCAUCYCCCCCCUCCACCUGCACCACCAAUGCCUUUACACUUCCAGAAUGUUUUUAACCCAAUUGGGCCUCUUAACCCUCUGCAGAGUGGUCCCUCUGGGACAGGUUUCUCACCUCGGCUACCACUUGUUCAACCUCCUUUAGGAAAUACACUGCAAUUUCAAUCAUAUAUGGACCAUUUACCUCAACAUCAGGCCGAGGCACCAAGCUUUAUGUCCAGUAGUCAAUUUGUAAAUAUUCCUGGUUUAGGUCAGGGACUAGGGGAUACAAAUGAACUUGGUUCAACAAGCUUUGAUAUGCAACAACAAAAUCGGACUUUACUUGGCUUGCCAACUUCCGCUAGCGUGAUUCCAUUCUUAGGAGACAAUGAGCCCAAAGCUACUAAUGGCAGUAGUGACGAGCCUGCAGUCGCUGAUGUAAUGGRUUCAGCGGCUGCAGAGAGCCCCGUUGACAUGGAGAUGUCAGGCUCAUCACCAGAACCGGAAGUGGACAUAAUAGAAAAAAUGAACGAAGAGUUCUGGAAGACUGAACAAAGUGCACUUGAUGAGGCUUAUGAACCGGAAAUGGACGGACCAGUUUUUCCUGUUGAAUCGGCACAGGUAAAUGUUAGUAGUUCUACUAAGAAGAAAGGUAAAAAGAUMAAGAAAAAGCGACAGAAACCAUCUGAACCACAAGAGCAAGAAGAACCUAAAACUAAAGUACAGGUUCUGCUUGAUAAGUUACAUCGACAGGCGCGCGUUGAAGAAGAAGUAAAGAUCGUCCUCAAAGAAUAUUACAAACACAGGGAGAUUGAUAAGACCGAAUAUAAAAGCAUUCUCAGAAAGGCUGUUCCACAGGUGGCCAAUUCAAAUCAUUCAAUUGAUCCAGAGAGAAUCCGUUCUUUGGUAAAGAAGUACGUGGCUAAGACAAAAGGAGCUCGUCUCCAGACCAAGGCCUAGUCAAACCUCAUCGUUGAUUAUUUGUAAUAUAGAAUGAUAUUGUAUAAAAAGAUGUUAAAUAAAUAAAACUUAUCAAUUAACCCAG